GAAAAUAAACACUGUGAUUGGGUUGUUGAUCGUACAGUUGGACCGUAUUAUAUUUCUACAUUUGAUUGUUUGUCGGAAACGCGUGAACUUCUAUUUUUGGUCUAAAAUAGGCAGAUUAAUUGUGAGUAGAUACUGGUAGAUACAUUUGCAAUUCUGGACAUUACCCCGGCAAGUUCAGACUUGAUGUACAAGGCAGCUACUAUCGGUAAUAUCAUGCACUAACAAACGUUUGCAGAUCGUUUGGAACUUGGGACCAACAAUCAAGAAAUACAAUUUGUGCAAGAAUGGGGAUCCAUAUCAAACCAUCAGCUGCAUCACCCGUUGCUGAAGAGGCUCAGGAUAUUCAAUUUACAGUUGUGACGGAUCCUAGUCCCAACGCUAGCCUGUUUACAUUCGAUUCCAUCACAAAUGUACUAACUUUAUCUGCAGGCGCAGCCGAACAACUGCAGUUACAUGAGUGUGAAUCAACCAUCGAGAUGGGCCAGAUUGCUAGUCCUAAUUCAGACUUUACGGGGUCAGUAACGGACGGUGAGAUGACUCCUUGCUCGUCGGUAUCUGGUCAGGAUUCAGAGUAUGAUCCGAACAAUUUAACAUUGGACAAAGAUGGUCAAGUAUUUGAUUUCGAUUUGUUAUCAGUAAUAAAGGAGGAAUUGAAGUGGAAAAUACAAUCUCAACGAUUGGCUAAGGGGCAGGAAGUGUUGACUGUUGAAGAACGGAAAAUUCAAGAAGACAAGCUGACGGAAGAGGAAGAGGCCAAGCGCGCCGACAGGCGCAGACGUAACAAGAUUGCCGCGGCAAAAUGUCGUACGAAAAAGAGGGACAGAUCAAAGAUUUUAUCGGAGAAAAUAGAUGAAUUGGACGAACAACAAAAACGCCUGAAAGUUGAUUUGUCGACUUUACGUUCCGAGAAAGAGCACUUGAUGUCCUUACUUCAAGACCAUAUCCCUUCAUGCACCGUUCAAACCCAAGACGGGACUCUAGUUUUGUGCAAUACAGUUCCUUCAGACUGAACUCCUAUGAAUUCUGAACGAAUCAAAGAAAGACAUCUCCCAGCUGUUUGUUUCAUUACUGUGGGACAAAUGUUUAGGAGUCGAACUAAGUUUCGGAUCGACGCCGUUGUAAUACUUAAGCGAGAUACGUGAAUACGACCAGGUUGAAGGGACCAUGAAUAAUUCAGAUAGAAUCGGACCAUGUUGAAGAGACCACGAAUCACUCAGCUAGAAUCGUCCAUGCGAGACCAUGAAUUGAAGACACUCUACCACGACGAAUUAAUAGGCAUGUUUUAAAUACUCAAUAUUUCCGUACGCUUUUGCUUUGUUUUUAUUGUUUGCUUAAAUUGAAGUAAAUUUUAAAAAAUCAUUUGAAAAACCAUCGAUAUGAGUGUUGGCAUACAUUCAUUCGAAACGAUUUUUCAUGAGCUACCAGUAUAUAUUAAAAAAAAUUCAAUAACAUAGUUAAGCAAAUAUUAACAGUUAUUCAUGAAGUGAAAUCAUGAAGAGAAAUCUUCAAGAGAACUUUCGAAAAUGCACCUCAAUAUGUGAGAUGGGUUACCGUAUAUUCACUUGAAAACUCGUCCGUGUUUACGUGAUCAUUAACUAGAGACAUAAUGCUGAUCAACCUCCCUCAUGUGACAUCAUUGAUUGCCGGAUGAGUCAUCAGUCGAAGGCUGUCGGUGGCUAUUGUAAUGUAAAUGAAAGUCAAGACAUGGUCACUUCGCUGUGUCCAGUUUGCCGCAUUCAAAUUAAUGUUUUCAAAAUUAUUCCAACGUAUUAUUUGUUGAGUAGGCAUUAUGGAACGUCAAAAAGCGACUUUCAAACCUUGGGUUUCCUGUUUGUUACCAUAGGAUUGAAUAUUAAUGAGAUUAAAGAUACACUCUCUGUCAUGAGCACAACAUUUUGAAAAAUUCAAUUUUAUUUUUGAAUUGCAUAAUUUGUAUGUUUAAGUAGGCCUAAGUUAUUAACUUAAAAUUGUAAAUUUAAAUGUUAAAAAAAAAUCCUUGCCCAUUAACGGAGAGUUAAAUACAGUACUGUAAUACAUUUGCUGUAUUCUUUUGCGUAGUCCGUUAAAUUGGCUUGUAAUCCAUUUAAGUAUUUGUUUUAAAAAAAUGUUGUAAAUCAGCGAAAACUAAAGUAAACUUAAAAUAUUUUCAAUUGCUUCCUUUGUAUAAUACAGUUAUUAGCUUUCAGUAAGUCAAUUUCAUAGUUUAAACUGCGCAUGCAGAUAUCAAGGCCAAUCACAUAAACGGAUACGGGCAUGCGACGGUGCAAACUAUGAAUUGCCAUAUUAAACAAAAACAAUAAACAAUAAACAAUUUUUGCCAACCGUAUAUUCUUACGUAGAACCUUAACUUGGCUAGUUGUCAAUUUAAGGAUUUUUUUUUGUAGUGAUACAUUGGUGAAAUAUUGUUUACGCAAUCUAUGUAUUGAAAGUUAAAAAACUUAUUUGAAACUUAUUUGAUCUCUUUAAAUCAGUUGUAUAUUAUAUCUUGUACUGUACUUACAUUUUUUAAGGGAUUUUAAUUUUUGCUUCCAUAAUACGGUAUACAUUAAUUGUAUUUUUACGUAAAGUAUAUCUACGUUUCUUGUUACAUUAUAACGUGCAUAAUACCACAGAUUGUGCUCAUAAUGACAUGAAUAAAGAAUAACAUUAAUAAUGCUGAAAUGUCCAUCUACCUCGGUUCUGGAAUGUAAUAUGCCAUCUUAACUCGCUAACAGAUAUAACAACGGCUCUGUGUAGUAACCUAAAUACCACGUACUUCAUUUGUUUCAUAUUUAUUUUUUUACGUUAAAAACAUCUGUAUAUAAUUGUAAAGAGAGUUUGAUUAAACUUCAUAAAAGUGACAUA